GCGCAUCUCCAGCAUUCAAGAUGCGUACCUACGACGAUUCUUUCAGCGGUCAAAAGAUCUACCCUGGCAAGGGUAAGCUGUACGUCCGUGGCGACAGCAAGAUCUUCCGCUUCCAGAAUGGAAAGUCCGAGUCCCUCUUCCUCCAGCGCAAGAACCCUCGCCGCAUCGCCUGGACCGUCCUUUACCGCCGCCAGCACAAGAAGGGUAUCUCCGAAGAAGUUGCCAAGAAGCGCACCCGCCGUGUCGUCAAGCACCAGCGUGCCAUCGUCGGUGCCUCUCUUGAUGUGAUCAAGGAGCGCCGCAGCCAGCGCCCCGAGGCUCGCGCCGCCGCCCGCCAGCAGGCCAUCAAGGAGGCCAAGGAGAAGAAGGCCGCUUCCGAGAGCCGCAAGAAGGCUGAGAAGGCCAAGACCGCCGCCUCGACCGCCAAGGGCGCUGCCCAGCGCAUCCAGAGCAAGCAGGGUGCCAAGGGCUCUGCCCCCAAGGUUGCCGCCAAGUCUCGGUAAAUCCUCGAAAUCGGAGCGGCUGGCUUGGGCUGGAACGGAUGAGAGGAAAAGGGGAUGGGCAGGGGAAAGGAAAUCGAUGUUUGCCUGUUUUGGGAGGUUUCCAGUGCUGGAAAGUGUUUCCUCACAAAAUUUCAAAUCAAAUGAGAGAAAUCGGCGUCUUGAGCGAUUACUAUUAGGGAGAUCCCGCGGAUUCAAAUGUACAAUCCCGCCGGCUCUCGGUUA